AUGGAAAUCGAGGGAGGCACGAUGGAUCUGGCCGGAGAGUGGACGCUGCGGUAUCAACCACAACAGCUGGCAGGCGAGAAACGCGAGCAGCACCUCAAACAGCAAUACCUCAACCGGCAUCCUGCUCCUUCUCCCGAUCUCUUGGCCAAGCUGCAAGAGGGCGUCAAGAUCAGUGUACCGUGCGAUGUCCACACAGGGCUCAUGCAAGCGGGUUUGCUUGGUGACUUGUACGCUGGGCGAGGCGAAGAGGACUACCGCUGGAUGGUGCACGGCCGUUGGAUCUUCGCCCGCACCUUUGUCAUUCCCCCAGACUACCUCAAGACGCACUCUCGGGUGAAGGUGAACGGCCGCGAAGUGGGCACAACUGAGAACAUGUUUCGGCAGUACGUGUUUACGCUCCAUCAGCGUUCGACGCACAGCGGCAGCAACUCGCAGACGACCGCCGCAGUCCCGGUCAGCUCGAUGUCCGGCUCGGGCUCGGCCGUGCCGGUGGUCACCAGCGGCAUGGGGUCCUCGUCAUCGGUGCAGACGCGGGCCAAGCCAAUCCUGGUGGAGGGCGACAACGAAAUCGAGAUUGAAUUCUCGUCCGCUGUGGACUACUGCCAGGAGCAGGCCAGCACUUCGCCCUACCCAAUGGAGUACACCUACGGCGAAAAGAACAGAGGAUGGAUCCGAAAGAGAGGUUGCGACUUUGGAUGGGACUGGGGACCGUGUUUCGUGCCCUGCGGCAUCCAGCGACCGAUCCGGCUUGUGGCCUUCUCCGAGUUCUCAGAAAUCAGCACGCUCACGUGUCAUCAAGUGCACAACCUCAAGAAGCACUUCGUCACGCUGCAUCUCUCCCUACUGUUGACCGCUGUAAAUAAGAUGAAUGCCGUGUUCUCGCUUGAGCUCAAGCUCAAGGACGAGUUUGCCAGUUUAUCGUCUGUCCCCAUCAAGAGCGCACUGGAGGCAGGGGAGAACCGGGUCAAGUUCCAAAUGGAGGUCAGCAAACCGGCACUCUGGUGGCCCCGUGGCUAUGGCGACCAGCCACUUUACGAGUUGUCGCUUACGGUCAGAGGCGAGUCGGAGGAACGACGACUGUGCGUGGACCUGGGCCUGCGACAAGCCCGACUCGUGACCAAGCCAGAUGACGUCGGCGAGUCCUUUUACCUCGAAAUCAAUGGAACGCCCGUCUUUGCCAAGGGAGCCAACUGGAUACCUCCGGAUUGUUUCGAUGGGAGAGUGCUCGAUGAGCGUCUCAAAGGACUGUUGGAGAGCGCAGCCGCAGCCAACAUGAAUUGCAUUCGUGUGUGGGGUGGCGGCAUGUAUGAGCGGCACUACUUUUAUGAGCUGUGCGACAAGUUGGGUCUGAUGGUUCUGCACGAUUUCAUGUUUGCGUGCUCCCUGUACCCGACCACGAAAGCCUUCCUACAAAAUGUGGAGAAGGAAGUGCAGUACCAGCUGCGGCGAUUGAGCCGACAUUGCAGCAUUGUGCUGUGGUAUGGCAACAACGAAAACGAAGAGGCGCUCGACUUCUGGGAGGAGUCACGGAGCAACAGGGAUUUGUACGUGUGCGACUAUUUCAAGCUGUACUACGACACCGUACACGCCACCUACGCGCUGGAGGACCCGCACGGCACUAUUCCCUUCUGGCCUUCCUCUCCCUCCAACGGAAUGCACAAGUGGGGCAAGGCCGGAGACCACAGCAAAGGUGAUUCGCACUAUUGGGCGGUGUGGCAUAGCAAUAAGCCGUUUUCAGAGUACCUCAAGGUGUGCCCCCGCUUUUGCUCCGAGUUCGGGUUCCAAUCGUUUCCGUCGGUGCCCACCCUACGACAAGUGAUCGCCGAUCCCGAUGAGGACUUCAACACUGAGCGCGAUCCUGUACAGGUGACCAGCGCUGCGAUGGAGUUCAGACAACGAAGUCCGGCAAUGGGAAAUAAAGCAAUACUCGAGCACAUCUGCCGGCAGUUCAAAAUGCCCAACUCAUUCGAGAACUUUGUAUACGUGAGCCAAGUGCUGCAGGCCCUCUCCAUCAAGACCGCGUCGGAACACUGGCGCCGGUGUAAGCCUACAUGCAUGGGCGUGGUUUAUUGGCAACUCAACGACAUCUGGCAAGGGCCGAGUUGGUCGUCCAUCGAGUACGACGGGCGAUGGAAGGUGCUGCAGUACUAUGCACGCCACUUCUUCGCGCCGCUGCUCGUGUCAUCGUUGGAGACGACCGAUGGCGAGGUCGAAGUCUGGGUAACGAGCGACCUUGCGUCGACUCUCGCCCUCACGCUUACCGUCCAGCUGUGGACGUGGCAUGGCAAGCAAAUCGGUCAAUGGCACGAGAGCCUCAAGGCCGAGCCCCAUUGCAGCAAGGCCGUCUGGAAGCGAAAGGUCAAAGACCUCCUCAAAACGAACUCGCUGUACGAGGAGGAGAAGGAGCGCGCCAAGUCUUUCCUGCUGCUCUCGCUGUCUUCCUCGGAGAGUGGCACGUCGGAGACCGCGGCGGCCACCGAGGAGCGAAGUCUCAAGUGGCAGAGCCAGAACGUCCACUUCCUGUCUGCGUUCAAACACGUCGGGCUGCUUCCCGCUCGGCUCUCGCUCCGGCCUGAGCAGCCGAAGCCCGUGGUCGCCAAGACCUUGCGCCAGGUGUCCAAGGGCAAGGAAGCGGGCUCCGUAAACGAGCUGGAGGAAGAGAUAGCCUCGUCUGCCGCUGAGGCCGACGUUAACGAUCUCAGCAAGGUACCGGUCGAUGCGGAGAAGAAGGAAGACGAGCAGCAAGGAGACGGUGAGAACGAAAGCGGCGACGCCGAAGACGACGAGGGGUCGGGCCACCGGCAGCAAGAUGCGAUCCGACUCGAGGUGGUGAACGAGAGCGACGAGGCGGUGGUGCCGUUCGUAUUCCUCGAGUCGGCGGCGAUGAAGGGUCGAUUCAGCGACAACGGGUUCCUGCUUCUGCCCCGAUCGACGCGCCGGGUGCGGUUCUACCCGCAGGCGCCCCAACCGGGUGCGCUCGUGCGGAAGAGGAGCGGCAACAGCAGCAGCAGCAACGAGAGCGCCCUCGCCAAGGAGCGGCUGGAGGAGGAGCAACGCAAGCGAGCCGCCGCCUUCCUUGCUCAAUGCAGCGUCACCUCCCUCCGCGACGCCUACGCCAGUCGGUCCUCGCGCGAUUUGUGUGGCCCUCAGCACGUGGCCAAGGAACAGUAA